AGAGAUUACAAAGUAACUGAGCCACUCUCUUUCUGACUGUGAUACCUGGUUUCCCCGGUGACGUGAGGCAGUCAUUGAUGUUGUCCUAUUAGGUCUGCGAUCAGUCAGAGUUUUACUCCCACCGUGUGUGCUCGUUGGUCUGUGUGGAGUCCGCUUCUGACCAGAAACAACUAUACACCACCUUGCCCCCAUUAUAUCAGAAUGCGCCUCAGUACAGAAGAGAAAAUUGAGCUGGGACUCAAGGACCUGGGGGCAGUCAACCAUGCAUUUGGGGACAAAGACAGUGAUGAACAGCCACAGCUGACUGUUGACAUAGGGGAUCCACACACAGAGGCCCUGGGGGAGACUGUGGACAAAUGUGCAGAUUUGGUUUACUCCCUCAAUGACAGGCCACCGUGGUACCUCUGCAUACUCCUCGGAUUCCAGCAUUACAUUCUUGCAUUUGGGGGCAUCAUAGCAGUCCCGCUGAUCCUGGCCGAGCCCCUCUGCAUUAAAGACAACAACAUUGCCAAAAGUCAGCUGAUCUCCACCAUAUUCUUUGUGUCGGGACUAUGUACACUGCUGCAGACAACCGUCGGUAUCAGGUUACCGAUCCUCCAGGGUGGAACAUUCAGUUAUAUUACUCCGACCCUGGCCAUUCUCGCUCUGCCAAAGUGGCAGUGUCCAGCCCAAAAAGCAUCUGUCAUUCUGUCCGUGGAACUGCAGAACAGCACCAGCCCGCACCAAAGGGAAAAUUCUGAUGAGGUCUGGAUGUCACGAAUGCGUGAGAUCCAGGGGGCCAUCCUUGUGUCCUCUCUACUCCAGAUUGUCCUGGGUUUUUCUGGGCUGGUGGGUCUUGUGCUGAAAUACAUUGGCCCGCUGGCUAUCGCUCCCACCAUCAACCUCAUCGGCCUGUCACUCUUCAUUGAAGCUGGGAGGAAGUCUGGAGGGCACUGGGGAAUAGCUGCUCUCACGGUCUGUUUGAUCCUCCUGUUUUCUCAGUAUCUCAGCAAAGUUGAUGUUCCAAUGAUUGCUUACAAGGAUAAGAAGUGGAAGGUUUUCCAGUAUCCCCUCUUCAAGCUUUUUUCUGCUUUGUUCGGGAUGUGUGGCGCCUGGCUGGUCUGCUUCUUGCUGACCAUCUUUGACGUCUUUCCUUCAAAGUCCAAUGAGUAUGGCUUCUCAGCCAGGACCGACAUCAGUCUGGAUGCUGUGGCAAACUCCCCUUGGAUCCAUGUGCCCUACCCUGGUCAAUGGGGUAUGCCCACAGUGAGUGUGUCUUCAGUGUUGGGUAUGAUGGCAGGGGUCUUGGCAUCGACCAUGGAAUCAAUCGGUGACUACUACGCUUGUGCUCGCUUGUCUGGCGCCCCUCCUCCACCGACUCACGCCAUAAACCGAGGUAUCGCAGUGGAAGGCAUCGGCUGCAUCCUGGCUGCGCUCUGGGGAACUGGAAACGGAACCACCUCCUACAGCCAGAACAUUGCUGCAUUGGGCAUCACCAAGGUUGGCAGCAGACUGGUGCUCCAGACAACCGGCCUUCUGAUGAUCGUCCUGGGGAUUUUUGGUAAAUUUGGAGCAGUUUUUAUCACCAUCCCAGACCCGGUCAUUGGAGGCAUGUUCCUCAUUAUGUUUGGAAUGAUCGCAGCAGUGGGGAUAUCCAACCUUCAGUAUGUGGAUCUUAACUCAUCCCGUAACCUGCUCAUCCUUGGCUUCUCUACCUUCAGCGGUCUUGUUUUACCUACCUGGUUUCACUCUAAUCCCGGCAUCAUUGACACAGGAAUAAAAGAGCUGGACCAAGUGAUUGUAGUGCUCUUCACCACACACAUGUUCAUUGGAGGAUUCUUUGGAUUUAUACUGGACAACACCAUUCCAGGCACUGACAAAGAGCGGGGCAUCAAAAGCUGGAGGGACAAGGUGCAACAGGAAGGCAGAAACUUUUGUGACCAGUCGUGCUAUGAUAUACCUUUCUGCAACAGUGUUCUGAAACGGUUUAGAUGCUUCCAAUACCUGCCUUUCCUCCCUUCUUACAAGACCACCCAACAGGGGCCAUCCUAGUAACAAAGUGUUAACUUACUGGGUAGCAGUGUUGCUGGACUAAUAGCCAAUCAGUAGUUGGGGUUUUAUUAAAUACAUUCUAUCUAAACUUUAUAUCUUCUUAAAUAUUCCAAGUUCUAUAUUUUAGUCCUUAUGUAGAGUAAAACAUUGAUUUAAACGUUUGAAUGAAUUUUGACAAGAAAGAGGUACUGUGUCUUCAGUUGGAAUUCAGCCAAAUAAACCCCCUCCAUGUCUAGGUUAAUAAAACAUCUGUAUUGACAGAACGAGCAAAGAGCAGCAUGAUACACUUAGGAAGAAACAUCAGUCCUCACAAAGAUCUCGCAAAGACAUAAAUUAGACACUCCUUUCAUUGUUGAAAGAGAUUUUGAAGAUAAAACAUUUUGUUUAUUUAAGAAAAAAAUCUCUUGGGUGUGCAAAUCUUUUUGAGACUUUCAGAGUGCACAAAAUCUUUGCAUUACCCAUGUUUCAAACACAGCCAAUUGAGCUCAAGAAUUUUUACCUUACCUUAUUUUAGCUUAAUUUUACCAGGAAGUCUCAUUGAGAUGAAAAAAAGCUU